AUGGCGGGACAUACAGAGGACCCGGGGAAUUCUGAUGAUGUUCCUAUUAACCUAUCGCACCGGAAAACCAAGUCUACAGUUGGAACUGGAUCCGGCCCACAUGAACCUGCAAAUCACCUCCUGAGGACUCCCGAACCCGGUGAUGAUCCUCGGUCAAGCCGGGCCUCUUUGGACCUACCUCGACCACAAUCUCCCUGGGGCACAGCGGUUGAGGAAAGACAGGGACGUCGAAAUAACCUAGCUAGUUACCAAAGCUUGCGACCUCGUGGGUCUCCUGGAAGUCAGAGUCAACAUGGCCGGCCCAUGGCUUCAAACUUCCACCGCUCAUCCCCUCACCUCCCACCAACAUUAGCUGUUCAUGCUCCCCAUUCGCCGCCCCGUUGUCAGGAACGAGAGUUCCAAUUACAAAGUCGGGAAGAUGAUCGGUUAUCGCGGAAUCCUUUACACCGUUCUAGAGAAUCAGUGUCUAUGUCACCGGCCCCUUCGCUCAGGCCAAUCACUCCGACGAAGCUGGGAUCCUCUGUUCCCGAGGCAGGAUCCGUACAGCGCCUCUCUCCCAAUUCAUCGCGCCUUAAUGGCAAUGGAAGCUCACAAGACCGGAAAUCGGAGAGUACCUCGAUGCCGCCGCCGGUGAAUCGAGCAGACAAGCCCAAGAUUCCAGCAAAGCCCGCGAUGUUUUCACACCCCGAUACAAGGUCAUUGACUCCACGGACCGAGGUGGCAUCGUCUGAUGAGCUUGUAUCGCCGUUUAAUACCCCGCCUAGUAGUCCAGAAAAGACCCCUUCUAAACCAGUUUCUGCGACGAAAGUGCCUCCGCGCAUUCCUCCUGGACGUCCUUCCACAGAACCACCAACCCGUCGUUCAUUCGACGAUCGACGACCUCCAAUGUCAGUUUUGAAUGGGAAGGCUGGAAUUGGUGAAAGGGGCAUGUCUCAGCCUCAUCCUACCCCCGAGCCUACUCGAGGCGGAAGACCAUUGAUGGUGCAGAUUCCACAGACAUCUUCUGCUUGCCCUGAAUCAUCCACCGCUCCACCAUUGUCUGCGCAAAGGCUUCGGGCUAGCGAUAGUCCUCAUGAUCGGCCUGGCCUUCCGCCUAGGCCAACGUCUGCCCACCCUCGUCGGGCAGGGAUCUCUCCCUCUCGAGAACUCCCUCCGGUGAUGGCUAGCCCGGCCCAAACAACACCAGUGCCACGGGCUGCGCCUUCUUAUCACCACCAAUCUGAUGCACAGCCUCCUCAACCCCCUCGUCCUGCACAGCAACAGCCGCCUUUGGCCCGCCAAAUAUCGCAUACCGAGCGACGUAUUGUACGGACGGAUACCGAGGAAGAGGAAGUAGUGGCAGAUGAGCCAGCGAUCUCACGAACUGAUUACCCCGAUGCUUCCCAGGCCAACAGACGCCCGCCGUUCUUCAAAAAUGGUCCCCAGGAUAUCCUUACACGAUACGAUACUCGGCUUAUUGACGUAUGCGGGAAAUACGUUUGCACUACCGGUUAUAUCACUCGAGUAUGGGAUCUUAGCACCGGCGAACAAGUAAUGAGCCUUAGCCAUGGCGAAACGACCAAAUCCCUCUCAAUCGCCUUCAAACCGGGCAAUACACUUGAAGAGGAAGGCCAACGCAUCUGGCUUGGUACCAGUGCGGGUGAGCUUCAUGAAGUGGACAUUCUAUCUGGGUCAAUUGUGACCACUCGCUCAUAUCCCUCCCGUCGUGAGGUGAUUCAAAUUCUUCGUCAUAAAAAGGAAAUGUGGACAUUGGACGACGAAGGCCGUCUAUUGGUAUGGAUGCCAGAUGAAACUGGAGUGCCAAACUUACAGUAUAGCUAUCAUAGCCCUCAGGAGCGAGUCGCGCGUGGGCAUACUUUCUCGAUGGUCAUAGGAGAUAAGCUCUUACUAGCUACUGGUAAAGAUGUGCAUGUAUAUCGCCCCAACGCGCGUGACGAUGGCUCAUUCCGUGUUUUUAAGAGGCCGUUAGGUCUUCAACAUUCAGGUGAUGUGACGUCUGGUACUUAUACCACCAAGGAUGGGGGUCGAAUCUACCUAGGUCAUGCAGAUGGUAAAGUGACUGUUUACUCUGCUACUGACUAUGCUUGCAUAGCAGUAGUCAAUGUCAGCGUCUACAAAAUUAAUUGCCUCGGUUUCGUGGGGGAGUAUCUUUGGGCAGCUUAUAAGACCGGCAUGAUCUACGUAUACGAUGUCAGAACAAACCCAUGGACCGUGAGAAAAGACUGGCGUGCACAUGAUAGUCCGGUUUCUGCCUUUGUGGUGGACACGAGCAGCGUUUGGACUAUGAAUCGUCUGCAGGUAACUUCGAUUGGUACCGACAAUUGCAUUCGUCUUUGGGAUGGCAUGUUGGAGGACGAUUGGCUAGUCUCAGAUGCUCGCAUGCAAAGCAAAGAUGUGGAGUUUUGUAGUUUCCGGGAGCUCAAAACCGUUAUCGUUACAUGGAACGCUGGCGCUUGUACUCCUGGAAGUGUGCGCACAUCAAGCUUUAUACAAGAAGCUCUCAACCCAGAGGAGCCGCCAGAUAUUGUUGAACUGGUCGACCUCGAGAACAAGAAGAUUACAGCGAAGAGCUUGUUACUUGGCAGCAAGAAGAAAGAGAACGGAGAGAAAGAGCAUAUGAGUCGACAGUACAGAGUUUGGGUUGAUCAUUUGACCAAGACUUUGCACGACUGCAUGCCCCUCGAAGAAUCCUAUGUACUUCUUCACACGUCAAAUAUGGUUGGCCUCUUUACUUGCAUCUUUGUCAAGCAUAAGGAACGCCACAACAUUAAGAGUAUACAUGCCUCUGAAAUUAAACGGGGAAUGGGUGGAAUGCACGGCAAUAAGGGUGCUUUAAUCUGUCGCUUUGUCCUCGAUGACAGUUCCAUGUGCUUUGUCAACUGCCAUCUUGCAGCGGGUCAAAGCCAGACAGCUCAUCGUAACAAUGAUAUUGCCGCCAUUCUCGAGGCCGAAUGUUUGCCCGCGGAAAAUAAGGCCAUGGCACGAAGCGAUCAGUACGCAAGUGGCGGUGAUGGCUCUAUGAUUAUGGACCAUGAAGUCUGCAUCAUAAAUGGAGACCUGAACUACCGCAUUGACUCCAUUCCUCGCCAUGUCAUCAUCAAUGCUAUACGUCAGAGCAACCUUGCUAAAUUACUUGACCGUGACCAGCUUUUGGCUUCUAGACGGAAGAAUCCAGGAUUUCGACUUCGCAGCUUCAUCGAAGCCCCCAUCACCUUUGCUCCAACCUAUAAAUAUGACGUUGGCACCGACGAAUACGAUUCUAGCGAGAAAAAACGAUCCCCCGCCUGGUGCGAUCGCGUUCUUUACCGCGGCGCUGGCCGCGUCAAACAGCUCAACUACCGCCGACACGAGGUCCGUGCCUCCGAUCAUCGGCCAGUCAGUGCCACCUUCAAGGUUCGCGUUAAGACUGUGCUGCCCCAGGAACGGGCUGUUGUUUGGGAAACAUGCCAACAAGAGUUCCAGACUGAGAAACGCCGCCUGGCUUCUGAGGCGAGCAUUGAAUAUCUCAUUACUGUUCUCGGUACCGAUGCCCGCCAAGCCCGUGCUUUGAUUAUGGGCGAUGGCAAAAAAUAG